GGAGAAUAAAAAUACACUCCUAGCAAGCCAGCUAGACGAGUUGUGAAAAAGUUAUGUCUGGCUGUCAAGUGGAUAUAGAAAGACUGGUUUUAAAAAUGGACGUUAUUCCUCCGUUUUCCGUACGUGAAUAGUGGAAAAUAUCCCAAUGUCCAGAGAGCCGGCACUGGUGACAAGACAACUGCGAAGGUAAGUUACUAGCUGACGUAAGCUAGUAAUGUCUCUAACGUUACCAUCCGCCGAUAUACUUGAAACACCGCCUGGAUAUCCAUUUGAAGAAAUCAACUAUGAGGAUAUUGAAGUUGAGGAGGUUGUGGGGAGAGGAGCUUUUGGGGUUGUUUGCAAAGCCAAAUGGAAAGGCAAAGAUGUUGCAAUCAAGACCAUCGAGAGUGAAUCAGAGAGGAAAGCCUUUAUUGUUGAGCUCCGGCAGCUUUCACGUGUGAAUCACCCCAACAUUGUGAAGUUGUAUGGCUCCUGCCACAGUCCGGUCUGCCUUGUGAUGGAAUAUGCUGAAGGCGGGUCAUUGUACAAUGUGCUGCAUGGUGCUGAACCCCUCCCCUAUUACACUGCUUCCCAUGCCAUGAGCUGGUGUUUUCAGUGUUCCCAGGGCGUGGCCUAUCUCCAUGGCAUGAAACCAAAGGCUCUCAUUCACAGGGACCUCAAGCCACCCAAUCUGCUUCUAGUGGCAGGCGGCACGGUGCUGAAGAUAUGUGACUUUGGAACAGCAUGCGACAUUCAGACCCACAUGACCAACAACAAAGGAAGUGCAGCAUGGAUGGCCCCAGAGGUAUUUGAAGGCAGCAAUUACAGUGAGAAGUGUGAUGUGUUCAGCUGGGGGAUCAUUCUCUGGGAGGUGAUCACUCGGAGGAAGCCCUUUGAUGAAAUUGGAGGACCAGCUUUUCGCAUUAUGUGGGCUGUGCACAACGGCACAAGACCUCCUUUAAUCAAAAAUCUGCCCAAGCCGAUUGAGAGUCUGAUGACUCGCUGUUGGUCUAAAGACCCCUCUCAGAGGCCUUCCAUGGAGGAGAUAGUGAAGAUCAUGACUCAUCUAAUGAAGUACUUCCCAGGAUACGAUGAACCCCUGCAAUAUCCAUACCAGUAUUCAGAUGAGGGACAGAGUAACUCUGCAACUAGUACAGGUUCAUAUGUGGACUACACUGGCACCAGCGCAAGCAACAAAAGCGAUGUAAACAUGGAGCACAGCGAUUCUCAAGGGAGCAAUGAUACUAUCAAGAUAACACCUCAGUUUGCUCCUCACUUCAAGCCAAAGGGAGACCCAUUGAGGACUCUGCCUCUGUCCAGGGGGGGCAGUGUUGAGAGUCUGCCUGCACGAACACAGUGCCUGGCAUCAUCCGACAGCAAAAGAAUGAGUGCUGACCUGUCAGAGCUGGAGCCCAAGAUGCCGUUUGCACCUGCAGCACGCCCCCAGUAUAAACGAGGCCACCGUAAAACAGCAUCUUUCGGCACCAUUCUGGAUGUCCCCAAGAUCGUCGUCACAGCCACGUGCGAGCCUCAGAGACGUCGGUCUGUGCAGGAUCUGCCAGGCAUCAGCACAGAGUCCAGCCAGGGGAGCAGGAACAGCAGCCGCUCCUCCAGUCCUAGUGUGAGGAUGAUGCCACCUGAUAAGACGAGCAGCAGAGGUUACUUCUCUCCUGAUGACCCUACAGACACCAAUGGCUCAGACAACUCCAUUCCCAUGGCUUAUCUCACCCUGGAUCACCAGCUGCAGCCUCUUGCUCCCUGUCCCAACUCCAAAGAGUCCAUGGCCGUGUUUGAGCAGCACUGCAAGAUGGCCCAGGAAUACCUGAAAGUGCAAACAGAGAUCGCCCUCCUGAUCCAGAGAAAGAAGGAGCUCAUCGCUGAACUGGACCAAGAUGAGAAGGACCAGCAGAACACGUCCCGUCUGGUGCAGGAGCACAAAAAGCUGCUGGAGGAGAACAAGAGUCUGUCCACAUACUACCAGAAGUGCAAAAAACAGCUGGAGCUGAUCCGGGUCCAGCAACAAAAGAGACAGGGCACGUCGUGAUGAGACAGAGACACAUGAACUGCUGCCGUCCCCUCCCUGCCCACCCCCUCCUCGACCCACACUAUAACACUACCCACUCUCAUGCUCUGCGCACGCACACACACACACAGACACCCACGCUUUGUAAAGAGACCUGCAUUCUACUGUGUCCUGCAUGUUGCAUUGUAGACCCUUACUUGUGUCCAGCAGGAAGAUGGCGUCCUCUGUACGUACCUUUGCACAUCCUCACAGUGUAUUCUGUGACCGCAGACCAAACAAUCACUGCACCCCAUCCCGAUCGCCCCAGACUCUGCUGUCGCGCUCCGGGGUGGACCUCUUCUUCAGCGGCCAUGUGUCCUCAGCGUGUGAUGGCGGGCCGAUGAGUGUGGCUGGUGUGUUUCUGUAUGUUUGCUCUCAGGGCCUCUGGGCUGCCUGCGUGACUACUCCUCGGCGGCUGGCGGCCGGCGGCCACACCGUCCUCCACAAUGUGAACGCCGAGACAAAGGCUCUUCAGCAAAACGUGUGAAUCAUGUGCAGAUUUCUGAGAGCGGUGAGGAUGUUUGAAACGUGCUCUACAGCGUGUGUGUGGAAUCCCCGUUAUGCAAAACACACGCCCCUUAAAUCAACGCAAAUAUCUCCAACCUCCCUUUUUUAAUCGUGAGCAUGAGCCCUUCCACAGACCAUACCUGUUUGCUUCUUCAAGGUGUUUGAUGUGUUUGUUUCAGAGAGGGAUGCACUUCAUGUCAGACAUCAGAGAGAAAGGAAUAGCUCGGGGUUUGUUGGCGUGGAUGCAGCUGUAAUGAUCUGCUCCUCGUGCUCUUAAAAACACACACACAGCUAGCUCCAGAGCGAACGCAGGGAGCUGUGGAUUCACUUUUCAUUUUGACUUCAGUAUUGUUUUUGCGUGUCGAUGUUUCAGUCUUUUUUAUUCAGUAGUUCACUCUGUAUGAUAGCUCGUGUCAUUUUUGCAUUAGGACAUAUUUUAUUGGUCUGGGAAUGCUCUUAUGGACAAAAUAGAGGAGCCUGUAGCUCCCUAUACAUUAUGUAGUUUGUUUUUAGUUCACAUGUUGCCUUAGAAGUUGCCUGCAUUUUAAGUGCUUGUUUUAUGUGACAUUUAGUGGGGAUAAAAGCUUAAAAAAAGAUUCUUUUUAAUGUAACGGACAUUGAAUGAAAUUCUUUGUGGAGGGGAGUUAGAAGGAUGUAUGUCAGUAAGCUGUGAUAAUGUAAAUGUCUCCCACCAGCUUUACAUCCAAAACGAUGACAUGUUCUCUAAAGGAAGGAUUAGAUGUGAUUUUUUUUUUUUUUUCUUGGUCUCAUAUUCCUCAAGUAUUUUUGCACAAUCACUUUGUUUUGUCUGGUCAUGUACAAAUUUUAUUUUAAGCAAUUCUGUUUUUAAAAGUGCAAGACUUGAUGAGUCUGACUUUUAAAUCUGCGUCUGUACAGGAGUGACGUCACUGGUUCUCCUCAUGAGUUUUCUGUUCACUAAGAAUCCAUUUACCAAACACACACUACACUGUUUAUCAAGGGUUUCCUGGUAACUUAUUGGGAGCUAAGGUACAGUAUAUGGCAGUGAGCAAGGCAUUAUGAAAUAAACGGAAUGGUGAAAAGAUGCACAUUUUCAUGCGUGAAUGCUUGUGUCAGAUGUUUUUGCAGUGUAGAGUAUCAGUUUGCAUUUGAUAUGUGAUGGUCAUCCUCUGCAGAAAUAAGUUUAUUUAAUGUUUAUUUUGAUAGGGAUAUGUUGUAUAUAGCAUGAGCUAAUGCCGCAUACAUGCAUUUAUAGUCUAAACUUAUUUGCCACAUCCAUGCCUCUGUGAGGCUGUAUGAAGGCACAGCUAAAGCCGACAUGCUGAUGAUUAGCAGAUAUUUUUACUGUUUUCAUGUCUUAGUUUAGCACGUUAACAUUGCUAACAUUUCAUCAUCAUGAUAAUGUCACAAACAGUGAAAGCUGAUGGGCAUGAGUUUAUAAACCAAGCUAUUACACAGUGGAAUUUUCACCUGCUGAUGGAGCUUCAGGAAAAGGCAUCAAACAGCUCAUCCUGAGGGGAACAUAAAUGUGUGAACCGAAUGUCAUGACAAUCCAUCUAGUAUUUGCUUCAUAUGAAAGAAUAUCAUACAGGAUGUGUAAUAUUAAAAUGCUCUUAACAGUGGGACAUGAACUGCAUAAAGCAACAGGAAGACAUGGAAUCACACUGACUUCCAUUGGGAGUUAGGAUUUUAUACCCUCAGGAUUGACCCUUUUAGUUUCCGUGUUUGGAUGAUGAGAAAAUGCGAGAAGUUGUGUUUGUAUUUUAUCUGCUUUAUAGUUCUGAUAUAUUCCAAAAUGAAAAUUGCAUGUCAUAAAAGAGCAGUCCAACUAUAAUUGAUUAAUUAGUAAAGUAAGUUAAUAAAAGAAAAACAUCCUAAGAUUCACUGUGUGGCACCUCUGGCCAUCCGGCAAAUGGCAAACGGGAAGACCUUCUAACUGAACUAUCAACAUUCGCUGAUUUACUGACAUUCACCGGUUGCAGCUCCUCAAAUGUGUGGAUUUGCUGCUUGGAUCUGUUUCCUAUCUUUUCAAAUUAACAUCGGAUCGUUUUGGACUGUUGGUUCAACAAACCAA